UAUAUUUUUCUAGGGCUGGGGGCUGUGGGCUAGGUAGGGCUUUUGGAUCUGCGGCUUCGUCCACAAUGGCUGUAGCUAUCAGCAGCCCAGUUCCUGAGGGAUUAUAUCCGCUUCUAACAAUUCUAUUCCUCACUGUUGGCCUCGUCUUGACGGCGAGUUUUUUCAUAUAUGAGAUCACAACUUCUAGCCUCAGUCGAAGCUUCCCACGGGAGAUUUUGACCGGAGGAGCGUCAUCGAUUUUCCUGGGACUUGGAGCACUGUUUCUACUUCUUUCCACUGGAGUUUAUGUCUAGUAGUAUGAGAAGCGCUUUGCCGCGUCGCAAGAACAAAUCACCGUAGAACAAUCACUCUCCCAGGCGUGGAAUUUAUCGUCUUUGGGAACUUUAACUACGUUAUCUUGGGUUUUAAUGGUUC